AUGGAAUUACCUAAUGGUCAAGCUAUUCGGCAAAGACGUAUUGGAAGUGUUCGUGAAAUGGUUCAAGAAGUUGAUGCUUUUGUUAAAGUAACAGAUGAUGUUAAAGAAGAACCAAAAGCCGUUAAUGGAAUUUUGACUGUCCUCAGCUUUACUUUAAUUUUUGUUCUAUUUAUUGGAGAAAUUCACAAUUAUUUUACCAAUGAUGAAGUUGAAUAUCGAUUUUCUGUUGAUACUGAUGAAACAAAUCCAAUGUUAGAAAUUGAUAUGAUUGUUGCUUCACCAUGCAAUAAUUUGGCAGUUAUGCCGAUGGGUGUAGAUUCAGUAGAACCUACAAAAGAUGGAACGCAUAUAAAGAAAACUCCAACAAGGUAUGAGAUGAAUGAAGAGGAAGAAAAAUUAUGGGAAGCAUUGAAACGUGUUCAUCGUGAACAUUUUAAACCAGGAACUCCAUUGAAGGGCCUUGAUCAGGUAAAAUAUGUUGGCAGUCAUAUUGAAGAAGGCUUAGAAAUGGCAGAAGAAGAAAAGGAGCGGUUAGAACGUUUAGAAUUGGAACAACAACGAGCCAAAUUAAAAGAAAAGAAAGGAGAUGAUGAUGAAGGUUUUCAUGAAGAACAUAUUAUUAUGAUGAUUGGAACGGGGUUGGGUGUUUUUCAAAUUAUUGCUGCUGGUGGUGGUGGAAGUGAUGAACUCGAAGAGGGAAGUGCUUGCCGAAUUAGUGGAAAAGUUCCAGUCCUCAAAGGAAGUGGCGAUCGUCUGACAAUAACAAUUGGAAAAUCUUUGCCUAUUGGAAAUAUGAUUCAACAUCUUGGGCCUAAUCAACAUGGAAAUAUUUCUCACAGAAUAGAAAAAUUUCAUUUUGGUCCACAUAUUUGGGGUUUAGUUUCUCCGUUGGCUGGAAAUGAACAAUAUGCUUCCAAACCCAGUACAGUCUACAAAUAUUUUAUUAAAGUUGUUCCAACUCGUAUUUACAGUAAAGGACUUUUAUUUGGUCAAAAUUAUUUGAGUACAUAUCAAUAUGCAGUUACUUAUUCGAAACACGAAGCUGAAGGUGAUGAACAUAUUCACGAUUCUAUAAUUUUUGAUUAUGAAUUUGUUGCUACCGCUAUUGAAGUACAUCCUGUUUCUAUGUCCUUAUUACAAUUAUCUUUACGUAUUUGUUCUAUUGUUGGAGGUAUUUUUGCAACUUCAAGAUUUUUGGAAGCAACAGUCUCUAAAAUGGUUACUCUGCUACAUUUUUAG